AUGGCUACCAACAAUGGAGCCAUAACAAAUUGGUAUUCUUGUUUUCUUUUCCUCAUUUUCUUCUUUGUAUUCCUAUUUGGUUUGUCUCAUGCAUUAGACUCCAUUAGUCUCAACGCAAUACUGAGAGACAAUGAAACCCUUGUUUCUACCGGUGGGGUUUUUGAGUUAGGCUUCUUCAGUGACCCUUUUACCGGCAAUCGCUACAUGGGAAUAUGGUUCAAGGACGACCCCCGGAAAAGGCCGGUUUGGGUCGCGAACCGAGACAAUCCCCUGAUAAACUCCACUUGUUUUCUUCAAAUUAGGUACGACGGGAAUCUAAUUCUCAUAGACAGGCGUCUAGUACCGGUGAUUGUCAACUCGGGCGCGCUUUCAACGUCCCCAAACACAACUGCAACGCUUCUUGAUACGGGCAACUUUGUUCUCCAAGUAGGCGCGAAGAUGGUUUGGCAGAGUUUUGAUUAUCCAACGGAUACUUACCUUCCUGGCAUGAAAAUUGGGUGGUUUGGGUUAACAAGCGAUCUACCAACGAUACAAGUUCUUUCAUCAUGGGCAAGUCCAAGCAACCCAAGCCAUGGAGAUUUCACGUUAGGGGUUGAUUACAUGGUUGCGAAUUUGAGUGUCUAUCGCGGGGAUAGCGCUCAUGUGAAUAUUGGCUAUUGCGAUGGAACAAGAAUUCGUUUACUUUUCGCGAAUUCUUCCAAUAGCUUUAAUUUUAGUUAUUUUUCUAACCCGAAUGAGUCUUAUUUCACUUUCACUACUAUUGAGAAUUAUUCUAUGUCAUGGCUUGUUAUGGCCUCAACCGGGCUCAUAGACGAAUAUACCCUCUCUGAUAGCGGUAUUUCAAUGAUGAGUCAUUCGUUAUGUGAAGAAUUAGGUAAUUAUACAGUCAAUGGCAGUUUUUGCUUGCCUUCAACUCCAUCCACAUGCAAUGCCACAUUUUCAGCGAUCAGUGGUUCACUGUCAACUUCAUCAAUCGCUAAUGGUUCGAUUGUCAUGGGAUUUAGCAAUUGCGAAUCCAUUUGCUCGAGCAAUUGUUCUUGUGUUGCUUAUACUGCUCCUGCGACUGAUCAAUCCGGAUGUCAAAUGUAUUUUGGGAACGAAGAUGAUCUAUCCAACAUCAUACAAAAACGAGGAGGUCUAGUGUAUGUCCGAGGCGAUAUUCUUCCAAGAAAACAUAGUAGUAAGUAUUAA